AGGGCCGCCCCGCGCCCCGCGCCGACCCCGCUGCCCCGGCGCCCGCCCGCGCCGAGCUCACUGCGCUCCCGCCCGGAGCUCGGUUCCCGGCUUUCCGCGCCUGCACCUCUGGCGUCUCUCUUUCGGUGUCUCUCCCCCUCUCUCUGCAUCUCCCUGUCUCUGCUCGCCCCCGUCUCUGUCUCCUUGGCUGUCUCUCUGGGUCUCUCCCUGGCACGGUGUCUCGGAGACUCGGUCUCCGCGUCCCCUUAGUCUCCGUCUUCCCGGGUCUCCGGGCGUCUCCCCCCGCCCGCCCCCUGCCCCGGUGCCCCCUCCCCAGGACGCCGCGGGGGCCAUGGCUGCGGGAUCCGAACUUUAAGCACUUCUCGCCGGACCGGAGCCGAUGCGCAAACCCCAGAAAAGCCGGCGCCGCCAUGGACUGUAGCUGUGUCUCCGACCUUCUCUUCGCCCCGCCCGCCUUGCCGGCUCUCUGGACCCCCGGGUUUGCCUUCCCGGACUGGGCCUACAAGCCGGAGUCGUCCCCUGGCUCGAGGCAGAUCCAGCUGUGGCACUUUAUCCUGGAGCUGCUGCAGAAGGAGGAGUACCAGGGCGUCAUUGCCUGGCAGGGGGACUACGGGGAAUUCGUCAUCAAGGACCCCGACGAGGUGGCCCGGCUCUGGGGCAUCCGCAAGUGCAAGCCCCACAUGAAUUACGACAAGCUGAGCCGGGCCCUGCGUUACUACUACAACAAACGGAUUCUCCACAAGACCAAAGGGAAGAGGUUCACCUACAAGUUCAACUUUAGCAAAGUCGUGCUUGUCAAUUACCCGCUGCUGGAUGUGGCGGCAGCUGCCACUGGCUCCCCAUUCUUGCUGACCCCCAGUCCUUUUGGGGGGGCCCCUGGGCCAGAUGCUCCUCCCCUCACCCCUGAGACCCUGCAGACCCUGUUCUCUGCCCCACGCCUGGGAGAGCCGGGGGCCCGGACACCCCUGUUCUCCCCUGAGACGGACAAACUGCGUCUGGACAGUCCUUUCCCAUUCCUGGGCUCUGGUGCCACCGGCUACUCCAAGCCCCCUGGCCUGCUGGGUCCUUACGGCCGCGCCUUCCCUGAGUACCCCUGGAACUUUAACCCAUACCUCACGGGCCCCUUCCCCAAGCUGCCCCCUUCUCUGUACCCUCCGCACUUCUACCCCAACCCCUUGGCCAGCUCCUUGGGCCACCUGCCCUCUGCAGGGGCAGGGGGAGGCCCCACAGCCGCACCCCUGCUUGCUGCGACAGGGGAGGGCCUGGGCCCUGAGCGACCCUCAGGCCUGGCAGCGGCCCCCCGGCUGGCGCUGCCUGGGGCUGGGGGUUCUGAGGCCGCGCUGGGUGGGAAGGAGGACAGCGACUCGGAGCUGGAGAUCACCGACGUCAGCGGCUGCAGCUCUGACAGUGAGGGCGAUGAGGGCCUCCCCGUGCCCCCCAAGGCCAAGGCGGGCAAAGGGGGGACCGGCAGCUGAGCAGGCGUGGGCUGACGGAUUCUACAGAGGCGGGGCCCAGGGCAGCCACCCAUCUGCCCUCGAUGUGCUGUCCAAGGCCCAGGACCACCCUUGGCACCCUCCCAGGGCCGGGCCCGUUGCUGCCCUCGGCUCCUUCUUCCCCAGCCCCAGAGUGGGGGUCCACCUCCCCCUCCACAGCAGGGGGAGCGAACGUGAUGGCCUCCAGCCUCCUCCCUAGGCUCCUGUUGGAGGGGGUCCCCACCUGGCCCCACUCCCAAAGUGCAAUAUGGCGCCCAGCCUCCCCCACCCGCCCCUGUGCUGUGACCUGUGUGUUUGUGUGGCCGUGUCUCUAACCCCCCGUGCCGGCCCCAGUCCUGACACCCUCCCACACAGGCUCCCCUGGGGACAGGGAGCUCAGAGCAAUAACCCCGCCCCCAGCCCCCACCCAGGAGGGGCCCCCUCCCCACCAGCCCCCCACGACCCUCACAGCCACCUCCAGAGUUUACUACAAAAAUAAAAGAACACAGUGAGA